CUCACUGACUCCUCAGUUUACAUCUUCACUGACUGCCUGUCUCACAUGCAUACCAGCCCAGCUUCUGGCUUCUUUAUUAUUCAUUCCAUCCAGGAAGAGCACACACCAACUGCAGAGCUUCCUCAGCCCGAAACCCAAAAGCUUGAUUCCUUACAUACAAGACAAAAUGGAGCCCCCAGAAGAAUACCUGUUCAAACACAGAGGAUGUUAUUUUGCAGCAAAGUUGGUCACACCUGAAGGCAUAGAUUCACUGGAGGAGUUUGAAAUCAGAGAUAGUGAUGUGUUCCUAGCUACAUAUCCCAAAUCAGGAACUGUGUGGACGCAGAAUAUUUUGAGUUUAAUUUUUUACGAAGGCCAUCGCAAUGGAACAGAAGAUAUUGUAAUAAUGGAUAGAGUCCCAUGGCUGGAGUGCAAUGUAAAGAAUCUGGAUUUAGCCAAUCUGCCAUCACCUCGUCUCUUUUUCACCCACCUGCCUUACUAUUUAGUUCCAAGAGGUCUGAGAAACAGAAGAGGAAAAGUGAUUUAUGUUGCCAGGAACCCUAAGGAUGUCAUGGUUUCUUAUUUUCAUUUUUCCAAGUUCAUGCUUGCCCUUGAGACAAUACCAGAUUUGAAUACUUUAAUGGAAAGGUUUCUUUCAGGGAAAGUGGUUUAUAGCUCCUGGCUGGAUCAUGUCAGAGGCUGGUAUACCCACAGAGAGGAUUUCAAUAUUCUCUUCCUUACCUUUGAGGAGAUGAAGAAGGAUCUCAGAGGUGCUGUGCUGAAAAUCUGCAACUUCUUAGGCAAGCAACUGAGUGAAAAGGAACUGGACUCUGUUGUGGAGCAGGCUACAUUUGAAAACAUGAAAAGAGAUCCUAGAGCAAACUAUGAGUUCCUGCCAGACACUCUCGUAGAAAAAAGCAAAGGACAAUUUCUUCGCAAAGGCACCGUGGGAGACUGGAAAAUGAUAAUGACAGUGGCACAGAGUGAGAGGUUUGACAUGGCUCUUAAGGAGAAAAUGAAAGACCUGCCCUUCAACUGCCUCUGGGAUAGUAAUGCAGAACUAUAAACUAGGGCUGGGUAUUUGACUGGUCAAAUAAAGUUCAGUCAAUUGACAAGUCAAAUAUCAGUUAAAAUUGUAAAAAAAUUGCCAAUAGGUCCAAACAAAACACAGAAAAAGCACAAUUUUUCCAUUAAGAAAUAUAUCCAAAAAUCAUAUUUCUGUCAAGAAAACAACAAAAAAAUUGCCAUUAUCUUUGGCUGGUCAAAAAAUUAUGCAGUCAGUUGACUGGUCAGUUGACAAUAUUUGAUCGGUCAAUCGACCAGCUUGCCAAUCCUACUAGAAACUAAUAUCCCAUUCCCAGUAGGAGAAAGUGGACUGAACAGAAAGAAAAAUGUUUCCCCCUUAUAGUGUUUAAAGUGCACAAAACUAUGGAUUCAAAAUUAAAGAUUUGGAACAUGCAAAA